UCCGCCCCGGGUGAGAGGUCGGCGGGCGGAGCGGCGGUGAUGGCGAUGAUGGCGGCCGGGACGGGCAAGCCUCGCGGGCGGCGCGCAGGAAAUAAGCAUUCAGCUGCUCAGAAAAAUGAAGAUGCUGCUCAGAGGAAAGCAGAUCUGGAGGCUGCGCUGAGAAACAAGAUUGAAUGUGAGAAAAAAGCCUUGGCUGUUGUUGAGCAGCUCCUGGAAGAGGACAUAACUGAAGAGUUCCUUCUAAAUUGUGGAAAAUGUAUUACUCCAUCUCACUAUAAGGACGUUGUUGAUGAACGGUCUAUCAUCAAACUGUGUGGUUAUCCUCUGUGUCAGAAUAAGCUGGAAAAUGUGCCAAAGCAGAAGUACAGAAUUUCAACAAAAACGAACAGAGUUUAUGAUAUCACUGAAAGAAAGUGCUUUUGCAGCAACUUUUGCUAUAGAGCAUCUAAAUAUUUUGAAGCUCAGAUUUCCAAAAGCCCAGUGUGGAUGAGAGAAGAAGAAAAACCUCCAGACAUAGAGCUGCUGAAGGAGGGACGGAGUGGACGGUCUGGAGAAGAGGUGAAACUACGUGAUGAAGUAAUUAAAGCAUCUGACAUUGAAAACCCUAGGAUAUCUUCAGAUCCAUGUGAACCUGGUUCUCACGACACAGCCAGUGACAGCAGUACUGAUACUGAACAAGAAUUUAUUUCUUCUGUCCUACCAGGAAGUCAGUCAAGUUCAGCCAGUUUUGCACAGCAACUGCACAGAAAAAGCAUCCUCAAAAAGAAGCAUGCUCAGAAGAUCCAGGCCAGCCCUAAAACUGAAGAUGCAGAUGUGGUAGAAGCCACUGAACAACUCUCUCAUUGUAAAUUAGACACUCAGGAAGAAAGACACACUUGCUCUGUUCAUAAUGAAGUAACUGCACCACCUUCAGACAAUACUGCUCCUGGGAGAUCAAGUGCUUCAGAAAUCUUUGAAAAUACAUGUGGAUCACAGAUAGUUUUUCUAGGUGUGAGCAAAAGAGGAGCGGAACAUGUUAAAAGAAUAUUAGCUAAGUCAACAGAACAUAAAAACCCUGAACUGAGGCAUCCAGUUAAUUCUAAAGGCAGUUUACUAGAUGUGCUUAGGCAAACACUUAUGGAAUGGAGAACUGAGGAAACUUUAAAAUUUCUCUAUGGCCCAAACUAUACUUCUUUGGGCUCAUCAGAGUGCAUAGCAUCUGUCAGCCAGGAGACUGAAGAGCUUGAUGAGGAUGACUUAGAUACAGCUGAUGAUCUCAACACUGUUGCUGGAGGGGAGUCUGAAAACAGUUUGAACUACUCUUUACCUUUCACAGGCUCAGGUGGAAUAGUUAAGUCUGCGCCUAGUUAUGAAAAAUUAAAAGAAGAAACAGAGUUCCUAGAAAUCCGAGUGAGAGAGUUCUAUAAAGGAAGGUGUGUCUUGGCUGAGGAGGCAGCGAGGCAAGCGCAAGCAGGGGGACAUCCAAGCAAAGACAAAGAUGAUCAACAGGAAGAUCUCACCUUCCCACUUGUUGAUUCAAAGGCACAAAUGCAGAUUAGGAAGCGAAUUGUCCUUGAAAAACUGAGAAAAGCAUUAUCUGCAGUUUUGGGCCCUCUUCACAUUGCUUCAGGUGAUGUCUACACAGAGCUAAAAAAUCUUGUCAAAACUUUCCGGCUGGGCACGAGUCAGUUAUCAGGACGUCAUUUGAGAUGGAAUUUUUAUGCAUCUUUCUCUAGGCCCUUACCCUGGAAGCUUCUGCCACUUGGAUCCACGUGCUCAGUCAGGCUCCCUCACAGUGUGAGAAUGGCCUGGGUGCUGCUGAGUGGCUGCAGCGUGUCUUGCUGCAGGGAACCACAAGACCCACAAACCAGCAACUGAACAACCCACACAGCUAUUUGGGAUCAUCCAACUUUCCUAGCUUGUGUAUCCUGCCCUAGGCAAGAAAGUGGGCACAUGGCACAUUCUGUUUUGGGAAGUUGCAUAUUGUUUUCUUUCUCUAGGUAGGUGAGGGAGAAUUUGGCCAAACUCUUUGAACAGAAAAGAUUUCACUGCAAAACUGAAAUCAGACACACAAAGUUUUGUACAGUUUUAACAUUUCCACAAUAUAUUUUUAGAAUAGAAAUCUAGUGACCUCUUUCAUGGAUUGUUCUGAAGUAACAGUUUUGGCUAGAGGCAAGACAAAGAAUUAAUGAACCAUUUCUACAGAGGCCCUGCAGUUGCCUGUUGUCAGAAAGCUUUGCUCUUCAGAGGCCUUGGUGUUGACACAGAGCUUGUUUAAAGUGACUGCCCUUCCACUGCUCCUUAUUAUUUAAGGCUUCACACCUGUAGGUUGCUUGCUUUACUCUGCCCUCUCUGAAAUGUUUGUUUUUUUCCAGCUGCACAAGUGUUUUCAGCUGCACGGGUGUACUGAGAGGUUACUGAGUUGCAGAAGCCUGACUGUUCAUGCAGUGCAGUGGCUGUACCACAUCAGCAGAUCCAUACUGCUGUGUCCUGCUGGUUAUCUGUGUCUUUUGACUACCUCCUUCAGAAAUAGCAUAUUGAUGGCAAUGACUAGUGUUCAGACCUUGCCAAUCAAUACUAACAUUGAAUAAGAGUUAAUUGACACAAAUAACUGCAUCUCUCAGUUUGUGUACGAGAAUGACACUUUCCUGUGCUCUAAUCAAUAAUAACUCCUUGUAAAGCAUUGAAAUAAAGCUGCUUUCUCUAUUUGACAGAGUUUCCCCAGGUGGCUUGGAGCUGUCUCUUUCAUUAUGUCUCAUCAUAACAGAUUAACUGGAAUGUUACAUAUGAAUUGCCUGUCAAGAUGAUUCCAUCAGGCAUUUCUUGGUAGUGUUUAUCACUGUCAUCAGUGUUGAGUCAAGAUGUUCAGCCUUUGUUUAAUCUCUUAUUCAGUUUACCAGGUACAAACUUUGUUGCCAGCUAAAUCCAUUGGCUAUUUCAAAUAAUAAUUGCUAAAAUUAACCUUUUAAUAACAAAUGUCAUCAGUAUUUGCCAGAACUCUUCGUUCUGGUUUGAUGUGACAGUUCCUUUGUAUGUAGUGCAAAACACUGUUUUUCCUUUCAUAAUUGAACAAAACUCAGAUUGUUGAGACACAGACUCAUCAGAGAAUUGUCACUGCCGCCUUAUAAAAUUCAGUCUGUGUCCACAUCAGCUUUUACAACAGAUCUGGAUCUGAAGCCAACAGGAGAGAAACUAAGUGUAAGAAGGUCCAUUUUUGAGAAACUCAUGUCAGUUCUGGAGAAUUUCCCAGGGGUUUGAGUGAGAGCUGGGCUCUCAUAGCAGCCAGGACUAUUUGUGAGCAAUUUAAAAGAAAUAGCUUCUGUUCAGUCUUCCCCAUCCCACUUUCAUAUUAAAAAAGGGGACAUUGAAAAUUCUGCAGUUCCUCCAUUAGAGGAUGACAGAAGCUUAAGAGCUGGUGAAUUGCUCAGAUACAUCUGUAACUGCAUCUUUUUAACUUGGUGUAUUAAUGGUAGACUUACAAUUCAGCUGUUAAGAUC